AUGACGUGCUCCAGCGAGCCGACCCCUGGCGGGCACCAGGCGGUCUUCCUGCCCGCGCUGGGGGGCAUCGCCGAUGCUCUUCGGACCGAGCUCACAGGGCAAGUGGACACCGCCAUGCGGACCUUCACCGAAGCCUCCAUCCAGUCGAUCGGGCGGACCAUCUCGACCUUCGAGCGCACCGUCAACAGGCGCCUUGAAGCCUCCAAGCAGGAGAUGGUCGACAACCGGCAGCGCCUCACGGCGAGCGAAGCGGCCCAGGCCGCCACGGCAGCGUCGGUCGAAGAGGUACGUCGACAGCUCGCCAUGGCCGAAGCCCAGCUUCCCGCGAUGGAUUUGGUGGCCCUGGCGGAUUGGGACAGGCCUCCUGACCCCUCCGUCUACACCAUCGGCGCCCCCGAACUUGUUGCCCCCGCAGCCGUUCGGCAGGCCAUCGGCCCCUGGAUUGCCGAUGCCGGCCUCACCAUGGACAUGGUAUCGGUGGUCGGCGACGCGCCCUCGCGGAAGUUCCACAUUCAGCUUCUCGGUGGCAAGGACAUUACUUCGCCCCGUUCAGCGGCUCUCGCACGUCAUCUUAAACUUCCUGGAGGCGCCUGGAGAUCCUUCACCGAUUUGGCGGCCACGGGGCAGAACGCUCCUAUCUACAUCAAUGCGGACCGGAGCCCGAAGCAAGUUCGCACUGAGCUCCAGACUCGACGACUCCACCGACUUCUACAGGAAUGGUACCCUCAGAAGUCCUUUGUGGGGCGCAGGCCCAAAGGCAGAGUCCUCCUCAACGGCACGCCCCUGGUCAAGCUGGAGGUGGGCGCUUCCGCUGAUGUCGCGACCAAGCUGGUUUUCAACAAGCAGCUGGUGGCCGUGGAGGGCUUGGACGAGGCCGGGCUGGUCAAGGAGUUCGACUCCAUCUUCGCGGAGGACAGAGGCAUCACGUGGGGGUAA